AUGGAGUUGUUCAAGGAUUAUGAUAUGACUAUUCUUUAUCAUUCGGGAAAGGCUAAUGUGGUAGCUGAUGCGUUGAGCCGAAAGGCAGUGCGUAUGGGUAGUUUGGCGCGAUUGAAUGUGGGAAAGCAUCCUUCAGCCAGAGAGGUUCAGUUAUUGACAAAUGAGGACAUGCUGCGGGCCUGUGUAAUCGACUUUGCUGGUUAUUGGGACCGGUUCUUACCUUUGGCUGAGUUCACAUACAACAACAGUUAUCACUCAAGCAUUGAUAUGGCACUGUUUGAGGAAAAGUUUCUUGCGGCUCAGAGUAGGAAAAAAGAGUAUGCGAAUGGUAAGGUCCUGGAGUUGGAGUUCAUGGUUGGUCAUCAGGUGGCUUAUGAGUUGGCUUUGCCACAAAGUUUAUCCGGUGUUCAUCUUGUAUUUCAUGUGUCCAUGUUGAAGAAAUACCAUUCAGACGACUCUUAUAUCAUCCAUCAGGACUCGGUAUUGUUUGAUCAGAAUUUUUCCUUCGAAGAGGAGUCGAAAGCGAUCUUGGAUAGGCAAGUGAGGAAGUUGAGAUCAAAGGAAAUAACUUCAAUUAAGGUGCAAUGGAAGCACCGUUCAGUUGAGGAGGCUACGUAG